AAGAAUCCAAUGCCCGUAGUAGUACAACACUGUGCCGUACAGUACAACAAUUUGUUAGUGUUUUCCUGCACGGACGUCGGGCGUUUUAUUCAUAAUAUUCUCUCCGGUCUUGUGUGUGAGCAAGUUAACCGAAAAAAAAACCCGCACCCCGUUCCGUUUUUCGCCCGUCGAAGCGAUUAACGUUUAUUGCACWCACGCACAAUCUAAUCGAAACCGUAAAUUGUUCCGACAUGGCAUCUGGAGUAACAGUAGCUGAUGCGUGCAAAAAGGUCUACGAAGAGAUCAAAAAGGACAAGAAACAYAGGUACGUGGUGUUUCACAUUAAGGAUGAGAAGCAGAUCGACAUUGAAGUGAUUGGUGAGCGCAACUCUACUUACGACCAGUUCCUAGAAGACCUACAAAAGGCCGGUCCGCAAGAAUGCCGUUACGGUCUGUUUGACUUCGAGUACACACACCAGUGUCAGGGSACAUCGGAGAGCUCAAAGAAGCAAAAGCUCUUCUUGCUUUGCUGGUGCCCGGACACAGCCAAAGUUAAGAAGAAGAUGGUCUACUCGUCCAGCUACGACGCGCUCAAGAAGUCACUGGUUGGCGUACACAAGGCGUUCCAGGCCACUGACCAUUCGGAAGCUUCCCAAGAAGUCAUCGAGGAGAAGCUCAGGUCCACCGACAGACAGUAAAAAUAAUUCAACAAAAAACUUAUAUACAACAAUACGCAUAUGAUAUUUAUGUAUAUUUAUAAAGCAAAGUUUUCGUCUUUUACGUUUUGGUAUUAAAUAAAAUAAACAAAAAAAAAUAUAUAUAUAAUAUUAGUACUUCCACAA